AACACCGUACAGCGCGACGAUGGCAUCACUUUUGGCCACUUUCAUCACCGUGGCCACCUUUGGCAACACGCUGGUCAUCCUGUCGGUGCUGUCCAACCGCCGGCUGCAAACAGCCACUAACCUCUUCAUCUGCAACCUGGCCGUGGCGGACCUGCUGGUCAGCGUCUGCGUGCUGCCCUUCUCAGCCACGCUUGAGGUGCUGGGCUGCUGGCCCUUCGGCCGGACGUUCUGCGACGUCUGGGCCGCGCUGGACGUGCUCUGCUGCUCGGCUUCCAUCUUGAGCCUGUGCGCCAUCGCCGUGGACCGCUACGUCGGUGUGCGCCACUCGCUGCACUACCGCUCGCUGGUGACGCGCCAUCGGGCCACGGUUGUGCUAGUGUGCGUGUGGGUGGUGUGCGCGGCCCUCUCCUCGCCGCCCCUGCUGGGCUGGAAGGAGCCGCGGUCGCCCAACUCCACGGUGUGCACCGUCACCCAGGAGCCCGGCUACGCUAUCUUCUCCUCCCUGCUGUCCUUUUACCUGCCCCUGGUGGUGUUGCUGUCCGUUUACGCACAGGUGUACGUGGUGGCACGCAGGACCACUCUCUGCCUGGAGAGGGGGGUGAAGCGGGAGCGUCAGCAGGGCUGGGGUAGUGGCGGUGGCGGUGGCGGUAUUGGUAGUGACGGGCCGCCAGACGUGGUGCUGAGGAUCCAUCGGCGCGGUGCCGUGCUGGGGGAGGAGAUAGCGGGGGGCACCCGCGGCCUCCACGCCCGCCUCAUGCUGCGCUUCACCCGGGAGAAGAAGGCCGCCAAGACCCUGGCCAUGGUGGUGGGGGGGUUCGUGCUCUGCUGGCUGCCUUUCUUCAUCGUGCUGCCACUUAGUGCCUUGUUUCCGACCUUGUUGAAGCCGACCGACGCCGUGUUCAAGGUGGUCUUCUGGCUGGGCUACUCCAACAGCUGCAUCAACCCCUUCAUCUACCCCUGCUCCAACAGAGAGUUCCGCCGGGCCUUCGUAGAACUGCUCCGGGUUCCGUCCAUCUCCCGGAGAACCAACAGUUCCUCCUUCAUCCCUCCCCUCAAUAUUAGGAAGAGUUCCAAGAACAGAACCCAGCAGCCACGCAAAUGGAACCUUUUUAGAAUCCUGUGUCUGCAGGAGUCCAUCACCAAGCUAAACGAUGCUGCUGGAGACUGUUCCGAAAGACACCAUUGUGGCCACAAAGCAGCCAAUGAGAGGACAGCAUGUGCAGACUGUACGCAGAAUGCAACUGACUCACUGUCAAGGGAGAACUCUAGUGAAUCAAGCUGAAUUGAACUGGGGGGUUGUGUGUAUACACACGGUGCCUCCAGAGUAUAUGCU